AUGGCACCCAAAGAACCACUCACAACAAGCCGUUCCUCUGUGCCGUCAGCACGCAACAUGGAGGAAGAAGCUGAUCGCCACGAUGCCCUGUUUGUGGUGGGUUCACUCGAUGAAACACUGGAGUUGCGAGGUUUGCGUUAUCAUCCCAUUGACAUUGAGACCUCUGUGUCUCGGGCGCACCGCAGCAUCGCUGAGAGUGCUGUCUUUACAUGGACCAACCUUCUGGUGGUUGUAGUGGAGCUCAGUGGAUCUGAGCAGGAAGCUCUCGAUUUGGUUCCCCUGGUCACUAAUGUAGUCCUGAAAGAGCAUCACCUCAUAGUUGGUGUGGUGGUCAUCGUGGACCCCGGCGUCAUCCCUAUCAACUCACGGGGUGAGAAGCAACGCAUGCACCUGCGCGACUCCUUCCUGGCCGACCAGCUGGAUCCCAUCUACGUGGCGUACAACAUGUGAGUGUGGACUAACGUGCUUAAAGCUCAACAUGGCACCCAAAGAACCACUCACAACAAGCCGUUCCUCUGUGCCGUCAGCACGCAACAUGGAGGAAGAAGCUGGCUAGUCCUCUUUCUGCCCCUGCGCUGAGCCUUGUACAUAUUUUUAUGUUCUUUUUAAUGUGAUUGUGGCCUGUUCGACCAAUGGCGGUCACCCGGCUCAAGCCAUCCAACCUUCUCUGGACAUCCAGGAGGGUGGUGCUCUUCUUUUAGAACACAUUUCUGCCCUUUAAAACAGGUGAAAGCACAUCUUCGCCAGUUGCAUUGACUUCGAUAUCCAACUUCUGGUGCCACUUCAGAUUUGCCUCUUCCAUAGAGCAGCGCUUGUGCUCUUGCAGUUAGACCCGAGGGACUAACACAAAGCUUUUCUGCGCACUUUAUCUCCUCUCGUGGCCAGAGGAGUGUCCUUCGGUUUUCAUUCUGGAAGUGCUAACUUAGUUUUAUGGAUCAACAUUAUCACCAGCAAAACAAACAUAUCUUCUUUUAUUCAAAACUGCUAGUCAUUUUAAUGGUUUUAAAAUGUGCCGCAUUUUAUUAUUGCGUGAACAGGUUUUUUUUUUACUCACAUUGCCAAUUGUAACUGUAAGAACUGGAGUGAGGAGGGGUUUGUGGCAUUGUCCUCACUCAAAGCACAGCAAUUUUAACACAAUACAUUCGUAACUUGACAUCUAUAUGCAUUAAACAUGUAUAUUGAGGGUGACAGAAACGUUUGGAGAUGAAGACAGUUCCAUGCCUUAUGAAACUUGUUUUUUAAAUGUGUUUCUGUCUUUAUUUUGAUUCGAGGUGACUGGAAAGGUGAAGAGAUGGAAGGUGUUUGUAUUGUAGUGUCUCACUGGUGUUACUGUAUAAACAAAUGGACCCCGUUAUCUGGUCCUCCAAAAAACUUGACUGAUCUUUCAUAUUUGAUGGCAGUUCUUAGCAGCGGUGACUCAAGGUCAUGAUGCGGAAACAAUAAAAAUCUUUUUACACAUUACAACCGUCACACAAAAUGCAUUGUUUUCAUUGUUUCUCGUAAGCCCCGUUCACACUGACACACUGGGGUCGCCGAGUGGCAGACAGUGAACAACCCUUCAAUGUUUUUUCAGUGUUUUGGAUGUGUGUGUGUGUGUGAGAGAGAGAGUGCGCGUGCUAGAAAGCAAAAAGGGUGUUUUAACCGACAUAUGGAAAAAGAGAAUGUGAGCUAAGAGAGGAAAUAUCUUUUCUAUCUUAAUAAAAUUACAGUAACAUUUAUUAGCACCUAACAUGUUUUUUUCAAAAUGGCCUUAGAUAUCAAAUUUGUAUUUCUUCCUGCAGAUUGUUUACAUGUGAAAUUCUGUGCAGCUCUUUUCUUUAACAAUGCACACAUUCUCAUAACCUUUCUUUUUGUAUUUGUAAUUCAGUUCUUAAUUGUCAAAAUAUUGAGUGUGUUGGUGCAAAAUUCAUAAAGUUUUAUGUUAAUUAAAUUUAUUGUUGUCAUCACUG